GGGGUUGCCGCUUUUUCGCACAGAACCAUUUUUUUGAACAGUGAUUGUUCCAUGACACGCUUUUUAUUACAUUACCGGCUGUUACUGUUGUUAGGAUGGUUGUGAACAGCUUAGUUUAGUUACUUCUCGUCUUACAGCUGGCAACCUAACCCCAUAUAGAUUACAGUAAUAGUUUAAACAACUGUUAUGCUGACAGUUAUUUUAGAAGGAAUACUGUCAUGAUAUUUCGCACAGUCAUACUCUACUAGAAAGACAUUGCUCCAGGAUGGAGCACGAGAGCUCACAUGAAGAUCUGCGAAAACUUCCUUGCUAUUAGAAUAUAUCCCUUUUUUGAUUCGGUGUUGCAAUGCAAUGCCCAAUGAUAAGCCAGAAUUGCAUACUUGUAUUGCACUGUUCAUAUUGCUCAUUCAAUACACUUCUUUUAUCAAAUCUCAUCAAUCACUUCAAGACUGCCCACUCAAGUGCAAAUUGUUUGUUUAGUUUGUAUCAGUGUCGUCAUUGUCAAUUAAUAUCAACAUCUUGUCCAGUUCUUACUGAACAUUCUUUAAUCAAUCAUAUAGAAAAGGAGGUGUCUAUUCAGUGUAUAUAUCAGAAUCAUUCAGGAAAUCCAAUCUUUACUGGGGAAGCAAUUCCAAAUUUGACCAAGCAUUUAACUUAUGAUUAUUCAUCAGGAUUAAAUUACAAUUUCCAUGAUGCAAAAUCGUUGUUUAUGGGUGAUAAACGAAAUGCAUUUGUCGAUCUUAAUCAGGAUGAUGGUGAAAUGAGUUCUCAUUCAGUUGGAACAGAAAGUGGUCGAUUUUCCAGGGGAUCUCAUCUUAGUUCAUCCCAAGUCAACCGAAGUUUAAUGCCAUAUAAAUGUACACACUGCGGCAACGCUUAUCACAAACGAAAGUAUUUUGCCGAGCAUGUUUUCUCGUGUUCAAAAUCUUUGCAAUUAACUUGCCCAUGUGGCCGUGUUUGUAAAUGGCGAUCGAAUUUCUAUGCACAUAGAAAAUCAUGCGCCGUUUAUAAACAACUUGUAACUGGAGGCAGUCAUCUCUCUGUCUUUCGUCGUCGAGGUCUAACUUUGUCUACAUCAAGCAUCAAUGAUGAUUCUGAUAGCAUUACUAAAGAAUCAGUCACUUCCAGCGAACAUCUGCUUGAUAUGUCAACUAAUCCAAAAGAUUCUUCUACUGUAAACUUAAUUGGUGGAAAUAAUUUAACUCCCUUAGUUUCUUCAUCUUCUACACCCGAAAUUAAUCCCCAGUCUAAUGCAGAUUCUAGCAUUGAUGUAUUUGGAAAUCAUUCUGAUUCCCUUCAAACCUCUCUCACCUACAUAACUCCAGUUUCAUCUCUAGCCACAUCUAUUCCAACUUAUGUUUCUAAUGAAAAUAUCGAAACAAAUAAUUUAAAUCAUGCUGUAUCUAGUAAUUCGAUGGUCACAUCCGCCUCUAUAAUUCAUGCACUAAGUCAAACUUCUAAUUUAUCCGUAUUAGUUGAUACACGUUGCCCUGUCAGUAAUUAUCCUUCAAGUCAAAUAAAUGAAUGCACCGCUGCUAAUACGGAAGGUGGAUUUAUUCAAUGUGUAUCAUCAAAAGGUGAACCGCUUAUCAUGUUUCCUGAUUAUAAACACGUAACAUUUCUUCACGUAAACAUUCAGCUGCCAACGCCAAAUUUCUUGACUACGGAAUAUAAAUAAAUAAACAAUGAACAACUAUUAUUCACUGUAACAAUUUAAAUGGAUACCUGUAAUUUAAUGAAAUUAUUACCGUUGAUUAUUAUGUGCUUUUGUGUUAAAAAAAAUAAAAUAAAGAAAACUCUUAACAAUUAUUACUGUGGUAAGUGAUCCAAGUUUCAUGAUUGUCAUUUGUGCUUUUAACACUCGGUUAUGAUUUAAAACUAGAUCAUUAAAUAAUGUAUUCAAUGGUAUUGAUAGUGAGCUGUUUAAAUUAAAUGUUAUUUUGGACAAAAAAAAUAAUUCUAAUUUACGCUGAUAUAGAAG